AUGAAACAUCUUAUAUAUACGUAUGAAAAAUAUUUAUAUAUUCUGCUGUAUUAUCUGAAUGAAAAAUGAUUAUCGACAAUCCAGCUGAGAGCUUAGGGAAAAAAAUUUGCACGGAUUAUUAUGCAGACAUUUGGGUGACAAAAUGUGCUGUUAUUUGCUGAAAUAUUAUUUAAUCCGUCUUUAUCUUCAAAGGCGUGGCUAUCCUAUAUCAAGAGUCGAAUUGAGAUAUGUGCUCUGUGGCAUGGGCAUAAUAGUACUACUAGAAUUUUUUGGAGCAUUUGUGCACGUAUUUGAGGUCACAUAUGAUGACAACUUUGUAUAUCCAUACAAAGGCAACGUACAUGAAUUUGUGAAUGCUUUGCGACGUAAUGAAAAACCUGAAGUCAAACCUAUAAACGAGUAUAAGUAUGCUUUUACUUUAAAACAGCCACAAAAAUGUAAGGAAAAUGCAGACAGUACGUUUCGUAUUGUAUAUAUAGUAAAAUCGGCUAUAAAAAAUUUUGAUAGAAGAACUGCUAUACGAAAUUCAUGGGGAAUCGAAAAAAGAUUCUUUGAUAUGCCAACAAGAACUAUUUUUGUGGUGGGUAUGCAUCCAAGAGAUGGGUAUGACCAAGAAAUUGAGGCCAAAUUAAAGCAAGAGGCAGGGAUUUACAAAGAUAUCGUGCAGGCAGAUUUUGUAGAUUCGUACUAUAAUAAUACUAUAAAAAUGAUGAUGAGUUUCAAAUGGUUAGUCAAGUACUGUCCCAAUUCAAAGUUUUACAUGUUUGUCGAUGAUGAUAUGUAUGUAUCUGUAAAAAAUGUAGCGACAUUUAUUAGAAAUCCAGUUAAUUAUCCAUUUUAUUUAAUGGAAUCCAGAAAAAUGUACAGUGCGCAUAAAAGAGAAAUUAAACAGUCGGAUUUAAUGGAUUAUAAUGAUAUCAAUUUUAAUAAUAAAAAUAAAACAUAUGAUUUAAAAAUAAAAAUGUCUUUUAAGAAAAAUUUAACUAUUCGUAAAUUUACAAAUAAUAAUAGUCGUAAAAAUAAUAUGCAUGAGAAACAAGAACAGCUCAAUGAAAAUCGUGAAAUGGAAAAUGAACACUUGCUCAAGCUUUUAAACACAUCUAUGUCAACUAGAACAAAACAACUUUUUGAUUUUGAACUACCAGAUGAUAUUAGACUGUUUGCAGGAUUCGUAUUUACGCGAUCUACGCCACAUCGACAUAAAUUUUCGAAAUGGUAUGUCACAUUAAAAGAAUACCCGUAUCAUUUAUGGCCACCAUAUGUUUCAGCUGGUGCAUACAUCCUGUCUAAAGAAGCUCUAUUGGAUUUGUACUACACCAGUUUCUACACCAAGCAUUUCAGAUUUGAUGAUAUCUUUCUAGGUUUAGUGGCUAAGAAAGCUGAUAUAGUACCGUUUCACUGCGAAGAGUUUCACUUUUAUAAGAAAGCUUAUACAAAACAUAGUUACACAUAUGUUAUAACGUCUCAUGGAUAUGGAGAUUCAAACGAACUCUUAAAGAUAUGGAACGAACAGAAAACUCUCGGAAAUGCUUAAAUAUACAUAUAAACAAUGCAAAAAUUUCACAAUUUAUACUAUUACAUGAAUUUAGAGACGAUUAAGAUGAUCUUCUAUUUAAGACUGAAUG